CAUUCAUUCACUCGCUCACUUACUCACUAAUACCCUCACCCAAGUCACUCAUUCCCAAGACAACGUGAUACUCUAGACUCUCCCAUUUUCACCUGCCCAAACUCCUCAUUCCUCAACAUGAAGUUCUUCGGAGUUAUUGCAUCUCUGGCCAUGGCCACCACUGCCCUCGCUGCUCCCGGUUGGGGCGAUUGGAGCGGUGGUCUCACCCAGAGAGACGCCGAAGAUAUUGUGGCCAAGUUCAGCUCAAUCCUCACCCAUGCUGACAUCCCCACUGCCAACAAGACUGCUCAAGCUUUGAUCGCUGAGGGUUAUACGGAGAUUUCUGACUCUAUCAACAUCCUCGCUGGAUUCCCUAUCGGUGGUGUCACCUUCAACGGCAAGCAGAGCUACAUCAAUGGUGUUCUCUACUCGCCUAGCUUGACCGGCAUCGAGAACCUCAAGAUCGCUCCAGCUGGAAACAACCUUGUCAUCUGGUACUGGAAGUUCACCGGCAUCGGUAGCAAGCAAGUCCCAGUUAGGGGUUUUAAUCUCUUCGAAAUCAACAAGCAGAAGCAGAUUACCUCCCUCUAUGUCGAGUUCAAUAGUAUUGCUUGGGGCAUCGACACUGGAUACACCACUACCGACCCAACUGGCAAGAAAUUGCCCUUGGUGUAAACGCACUCGGAAAGGAUAAGGAAUUUGUCCUACAACUGACGUGCAGAGGAGUGUACUUGAUUCUCCAUUCUCACGAUAUUCUUUAAUGGUAAUUGCAUCAAGGACCAGGACAGGUGGAUUUGGGAUUCAGUGUAAGAUAUAAACACGUUGGAUAUUUAGAAAAUAGAAAAAGCAAGAAGGCCACACCGUCGUCUAUGACUUGGCCUCAUUUC